UAUUUCCUAUUCAUGCUAUUGACACAGAUGUUUAUCAUGUUUUUCAUCAAAUUAGUACAACACAUAUACAUGUACAUGUAUAUUGAAAUACUGUAGGGAACAUUUGACCCAGGGAUUAUGCAAGAAGGAUAAGAUUUUUAUGAGAGUUUCCAAGAUGGAGUACCCAACAUCAGGACAGUCUCCUAAUGCUGCAACAAUAAGUGGUGAAGCUGCAGCCAUGUUGAACACAUUCUGGCCUGAUGCAAUGAAAGAUAUCAGAGACCUGAAAAAUGAUGAUUUCAAACAACAGAUACUGCCUCUUGCCAGAAUUAAAAAGAUCAUGAAACUAGAUGAAGAUGUAAAGAUGAUCAGUGCAGAAGCUCCAGUAUUAUUUGCCAAAGCUGCAGAAAUAUUUAUCAGUGAGCUGUCACUAAGAGCCUGGAUACAUACUGAGGACAAUAAAAGGAGAACAUUACAGAGAAAUGAUAUUGCCAUGGCUAUUUCCAAGUUUGACCAGUUUGAUUUCCUGAUAGAUAUAGUACCUAGAGAUGAACUUAAACCUACCAAACGAACUGAAGACACGUCAAGAACUAACAACAUGUUACCAGAACAAAUACAGUAUUAUCUACAGCUAGCCCAACAGCAGGCACAGCAAGCACAACAAGCCCAACAACAGCAACAACAAACAACACAACCCACACAGCAAGUCACCACACAAGUGUCACAGCCAACACAAAUACAACUGCCAGGUGGACAAAUACAGAAUGUCAUACAGCAACCCUCCUACCAAAUACAGUCAGCUUCUAAUACUCUUCAACAGCCACAGGUGAUUCAGAUCCAAGCUCCUUCUGUACCACAACAGCCACAGGUACAGACUGUGCCAAGUAACCAACAGAUUCAGCAAGUCCAAGUUCAACAACAACAGCAGCAGCAACCCCAACAACAAACACAGGUCUAUCAACAAGUCAUAACAGCUAGUGGAGAAGUACAAAAUGUUCCUAUACAAUUAACACCAGCACAGCUACAAGCAAUACAGAUGCAGUUACAAGGAAAACAAACCAAUCAAAAUGUUAUUAUUCAGCAAGGGGCACAACCAGCUGUUCAAACAGUGUCAGCAGAUUCUCAAUUUAAUCAGCAAAUGUUCCAAAUUCAACAGCUUCCUGGACAAAGUGGACAGCAGAUUUAUAUACAACAAUCUGAUGACCAAACAGACGGAGCGCAAGAUGUGUCAUAGCUUUAGUGAAAACAUAUUUUAAUUAUCAAAUCAUGGUACAUUGUUAAAAUGCCAUAUUGGUGCACAUUUUCUACAUUGACAUUCAAACCAUGUUUUAAGCCAAAGCUUUAUUUAUUUUGCAUUGUUCAGUUCAUAAAAAGUUUCAUUAUUUCCAGGAAGAAAAUCUGAGAUAUGUAUAUAUAAAAACACAAGUCUAGCUUAGAAAUUUUCUUAAACUGCUAGCUGGAAGCAGUAAUAAAGGGAAACAUGAUCUUUAUGGCAAAAAAUACAUUUUAAUGUUAUUGAAAUUGUGUUCAAGGCAAACUGAGUUGUAUCAGUUUUAAUAUUUAUAUCUUCAGAAAUUGAUUUUUAAGAUGAAAAUUUUCAUUUGCAAUUACAUAAAGAAUAAAGUUUACAUGAGACAUUAAUCAUAAAUAUCAUUAUUAAAAGCUGUGGGUUCCAAUAAUUUUGUUCAAUCAAAUUUACUUUGGUUAAGAAGUCUCUACCCCAAAAUGUACAUAGAAUGUUGUAUAAGCAAUUCUGUUUUUUUAAUUAAAACCAGAAAAUUUCAGCAUUUGUUCUGAAAAUGAAAAUUGCCUGACUGGAAAAUUGUACUGAGCCCAACUUGAUAAAAGAAUCUUCAAUUGAGAAGAUUUUACUGUAAUUCUAAUCAUUUUCUUAAACACCGGGUAUAUUUCUGAUUUUUUAAAGAAUUAGAAUAAAUGAAAUAAACUGCUGCCAUUUUUUUAUACCCCAACAUUAAAAUAAAUUGUAAUCACCUUAUCCUUCCAUUGUCAUACUUAUAUUUUCAUCAAACUUUUCCUAAAAUUACUAUUAACAUUGAUUGAGUCAGCAGCUUAAAAGAGAGUAGUUGUAAAAUGUAGCUUUUUUUAAUCUGUCAGAUAUAUACUUCUUUUUUGUUCAUACUUUGGACUGAUGAAUGAAUUUAAAAACUUUUCAUCAUAUAUUACUCUGUUACUACGGACAAGAUUCCCUUUGUAUUGGGUCAGAAGCUAAACAGUGAUUAGUUUUGUGUGUUUGUUAAUUUUAGAACUGUCAGACACCAUAUUUCUGUUUUGUUUUACUUUGAAUUACAUAUGAGAUUAUGAUAACAUGAAAACGUGUAUAAUAUUCUUGUUGUUUCAUUGAAAUAUUGUAAUUGAUUGUAGAUCAAACAAGAGUAAUAUAUCAAUGCUUCUGCAAUACCAAAAAAAAAUAACGGAAAAACUACAAUUAUCUUUUUAACAUUCUCCUUAAAA